AUGGUCACCGCCCCACACAUCAUGACCGGCCAGUCACUGUCAACACCAGCAACACACAACCACUCACAUCUCCAUCACCAGCAACACACAACCACUCACAUCUCCAUCACCAGCAACACACAACCACUCACACUCCCAUCACCAGCAACACACAACCACUCACAUCUCCAUCACCAGCAACACACAGCCACUCACACUCCCAUCACCAGCAACACACAACCACUCACACAUCACCAGCAACACACCACUCACACUCCCAUCACCAGCAACACACAGCCACUCACACUCCCAUCACCAGCAACACACAGCCACCACUCACACUCCCAUCACCAGCAACACACAACCACUCACACUCCCAUCACCAGCAACACACAACCACUCACACUCCCAUCACCAGCAACACACAGCCACUCACACUCCCAUCACCAGUAA